CAUCAGUCUUUUCUUCAGUAGAAUGCUUUCCUUUUAGCAACACGCAUACAUGGGAUCAACUCAGUCUCAGAGCUGAGGAUGGAUCCCGGUGAAGAUGAAGACAGCCCCCGGCCACAGAGGACUUCUUUUAAAUCCAUGGAUGAUGGACAUAAGCCUGACUUGCAAAAACAAGGGACACACAGUCCAAAACGGCCUGCUAGGAGUAAAGACUCUAUGGGAAAAGCGCGCCGUUUACCGAGACAGAGAAGCUCCAGUGAAGAUCUGGAUGGCUCUUCUAAGCAGUUGUCUGGACUGAGCUUGGACAGAGAACAUGAAAAUGAAGGAGCAGACAACAAAGUUCAGAGAUGUUCAUUUAAAAGUCAUGACUCUAAGAACACACCUGUAGUGUAUUUCAAGGAGCAUCCCCACAGUCAACAAGAGGAGCAAAACAUCUCCAAUGACGACCUGGGCAGCGUUUUUAAGGAGCUGGAGGAGAGAAUCCUGUGUUAUGUAAAGAAGGAGCUGAGCAGACUGCACGGGGUCCUGACCUCCGAUUACCCAGAAUGCUUAGAGCUGCAGAGGGUGGCCGAGGAGCAGAGGGUCAAAAUGGAGGCUGUUCGCUCACUAACUCUCUGCUUCCUCCAAGACAUGAAGCGUGAUGAUGUGGCAGAGCGUCUACAGACCAAGAAAAGUUUUGAGGACUGUCAGAGGAAACUGAAGUGUAACUUGAAGCAGAGGUUCCAGUCUGUGUUUGAGGGCGUGGCUAAAGCAGGAAGUCCCACCUUCCUCAAUCAGAUCUACACAGAGCUCUACAUCAGCGAGGGAGGGGCCGCGGAUGUCAAUCAGGAACAUGAGGUUAGGCAAAUUGAAACAGCCUCCAGAAAACAGGACAGACCAGAGACCACCAUCACCUGUGAAGACAUCUUUAAAGGCCCCGCCCAAAGACCACAGGAACCAAUCAGAGCAAAGCUGAAAAAGGCCAGACCAAUCCGCACAGUUCUCACAAAGGGUGUGGCUGGCAUUGGUAAAACAGUAUUGACUCAGAAGUUCAGUCUGGACUGGGCUGAGGACAGAUCUAACCAGGACAUACAGCUACUGUUUCCCAUCACCUUCAGAGCUCUGAACGUGCUCAGCAAUCAGAGCUUCAGUCUGGAGGAGCUCUUACAGCACUUCUUUGGAGAAGACAGCCAAACACGCUGCAGCUUCCAACAGCUAAAGAAUAACCUCAUGGUGUUUAUCCUGGACGGUCUGGAUGAGUGCAGACUGCACUUAGACUUUUCCAGAACCCCAGAGCUGAGCGACCCUACUGUACCCGCGCCAGUGGAGGUGCUGCUGGUAAACCUGAUCAGAGGGACCCUACUCCCCUCUGCCCACCUCUGGAUAACCACAAGACCCGCUGCAGCCAAUCAGAUUCCAGCUCAGUGCAUCUCCAUGGUCACAGAGGUACGUGGGUUCACAGACUCACAGAAGGAGCAGUACUUCUCAAAGCGUUUCAGAGACAAGGCGAGUGCUGUGAUCGCUCAUAUUCAAACCUGCCACAGCCUCUACAACAUGUGUCAUAUGCCCAUAUUCUGCUGGAUCACUGCUACAGUCCUAGAGCAUUUCCUUAGGUCCUGUCCCAGAGGAGAGCUGCCUCACACCCUCACUCAGCUCUACGUGCACUUCCUGGUGGUUCAGGCUAAAGUGACGCAGGUGAAAUACGAGGGCGGCAGUGAAGAGGACAGAGCCUGGACACCUGAGAGGAGGAGGGUGGUGGAGGGGCUGGGGAGGCUGGCCUUUGAGCAGCUGCAGAAGGGAAAUCUGGUUUUCUACGAGUCCGACCUGGAGGACAGUGACAUCAACCCCACUGCAGCCUCAGUGUACUCAGGAGUGUUCACACAGGUCUUCAGAGAGGAGCCUGGAAUCUACCAGGACAGAGUCUACUGCUUCGUCCAUCUGAGUGUGCAGGAGUUUAUGGCCGCCCUGUACGUUCACCAGACUUUCCUCAGCUCUGGCUUCAACCUGCUCUGCCCCAAAGGCAAAACAGACUCACUCCGAAAACCUAAACCCAAACUGAAGCACCUCCACCGUGCCGCCAUUGACCAGGCCUUAGACAGCCCCAACGGACACCUGGACCUGUUCCUGCGCUUCCUGCUCGGACUGUCUCUGCCCACCAAUCACAGCCUUCUGCAUGGACUACUUCCUGGUCAGAGUUCCUCCUCCCACCUGCAGAACACAGCAGAGUACAUCAAGAGUAAAAUCCAUGAGAGUGACUGUGCAGAGAGGAGUCUGAACCUGUUCCACUGUUUGAAUGAACUGAACGAGCGCUCUCUGCUAGAGGAGGUGCACCAGUCCCUGAGCUCUGGAGCCUUGAGCAGAGGCAGAGGACUGUCUACUGCUCAGUGGAACGCCCUGGUCUUUAUUUUACUCACGUCUGAACAACAGCUGGAGGUUUUUGAUCUGAAGAAAUACUCCGCAACAGAGCAGGCACUGUUGAGGCUGCUGCCAGUUGUCCAAGCAUCACGAAAAUCUGUCCUGAGCAGCAGCAACCUAACAGAGCGCAGCUGUGAGUCCCUCUCCUUGGUCCUCUCCUCCUCCUCUUCCUCCCUGACUCACCUGGACCUCAGUAACAACCCUCUGAAGGACGCUGGAGUACAGAGACUGUGUGAUGGACUCAAGAGCACCCACUGCAGGCUGGAGCAGCUCAGACUGUGUGGUUGUCUGAUCUCUGGAGAGGGCUGUGUAUCCUUGGCCUCUGCUCUCAUGUCAAACCCGUCACACCUGAGAGAGCUGGACCUAAGCUUCAACCACCCAGGACCACAGGGGGGCAAGUUUCUGCUGGCUCUGCAGACAGAUACUGACUGCAGACUCGAGACACUACGACUGGAGCCAGGAGGACCUCACUGCCUCAAACCAGGACCCAGGAGAUAUUUCUGCUCCCUCUCCUUAGACCCAAACACCGCCCACCCAAACGUUCACCUCUCAAACCUCAACACCAAAGCCACACUGGUGAACCUGGACCUACCUUACCCAGACCUCCAGGGUCGAUUUGACCACUGGUACCAAGUCCUGUGCUCUGCCCCCCUGCCAGAGCGCUCUUACUGGGAGGUAGAGUGGAGCGGAGUGGUCUACAUAUCUGUGGCGUAUGAAAAAAUCACACGCAAAGGAGAAACUGAUGAAUGCUUGUUUGGAUUUAACGAUUCGUCCUGGAGUUUGUCUUGUUCCGAAGCUGGGUUUUCGGUUUGGUACAACAGAAACCCCACGCAUCUCCUGAACGCUUCCCCUUCGCGUUUUGGGCGGAUAGGGGUGUUUGUGGACUGGCCUGCUGGUAGUCUGUCAUUUUUUAAAGUGUCAUCAGAUCAGCUCACUCACCUCUACACCUGUAACACAGUAUUCACAGAGCUGCUGGUCCCUGGGUUUACACUCAAUUCAGUCGACUCCACUGUGAGGCUGUGUGAUCUGAUGAAUGGAUGAGUUGCAAUGUUGAAUGGAGUUAUGACCAAUUGAUACUUUGCAGCGGGGCAAAUCUGCAUGUAUGUCUGUGGAGCGAUGUUCAGCCGUUACUAUGGUGCUCACAUUAGCAAACACAGCCUGAACUCAAAAAUGCAAAACAGACAUUUGUAUUUUCAGGAACCUGUGAUUAGUAUGAGUGUUCAUGGUCCUGUUUUGGUGUUUAAUUUCCAACAAAAAAAGUGAGUGUGACUAAAAACUGAAAAACUGAUGCUAGCACAAAAUCAGCUCACCUGUUGUAGUUCCAGCUAAAUCAGUUUUUAUAUUCAGAUUGUGUAGAAACAAAACUCAGAUUUACUGUAAGUCUAACUGGAGUAACAGAGCUCAUACAGAAUAGAGCCUUCAGUUGAUCACCUCCUCAGGGAAUGUUGAAGACAUCAGAAGACAAGUGAACAAUGAAUGGAUACUGGUGAUAUGGAUGAAAAGAAAGACAAGUUUCUGGAUAUGGCACAUUGAGGCAAACUACACUAUUAUACUUUUUCCUUCUUUGAUGAUGAUUUGAUGAUUUCUUUUCCUCCUGAGUCUGUCUCUCCUCUCACUGCAUUCACGCCUGUGUCCACUGCUCUGCUUCCUCCAGCAAAGACAGUACGUGGCUCCUCCCACACUGCCCUGCUACAGUCUGUGACUCACACAGCUCUCCCAUCCUCUUUCUGGACACUAAAACUAUGUUAUAUUACAUAAAAAUCUCUCAACAGACCGUUUUCUGAGAUAGAGUCGGAGAAAAAGAUAGCGUAUAUUGUUCAUUUGAUUAAAGCCGAUGUAAAGCCCAAAGUGAUUCUAAAGUAUUUAAAAGUUCAUAUUUCUGUCAUUCCUGGAUCUAUCAAUGUAAAAAAAAAAUGACUGAAAGAUAAAAUCCACCUCUGUUACAAUAUUUCAGCUGUAAAUCCCUAUGGAGCUGUUUUCUUGCUGCAUUUGAGGAGGACGCUGCGAUAACUGUUUUCCUUUCAGACCAAAAUAAAUGACAACAGAGCGCGCAUGGAGGGACACGUGCAAAUCAACACGUCUAUCGAACAAACAUGUGUAUCGAAUCAUCAGACCUGUAUCGAACAAUUCAAUAUUAUAUCGAAUAUCGUUGCAUCCCUACAAGCCGCUCACAGUGAGUACAAAUGUUCCAACGUUUCCAGUGCAAUAUAGAAAUCCAAAAUGAAAAAAUAGGCUUCUAUUUUCUUCGGUGUAAAAAGUUACAUGUAGUGCUUUCGUUGAGGGAAGAAAAUAUCAGUUUAUAAAAGUAUUUGGAUAUGUGCUGUCAGGGCCUAACUCUUACCCUUUCUUUUCUACAUCUCUCCCUUUCUCCCUUUCUAUCUUCCUCUCUUAUACAUGUCUUCACUCUCUCUUUCACAUCCCUCCUAUCUGUCUCUCACUCUUUCUAUUCUACAUUUAUCUGCCUGUUUCUCUCCUUACCCCUCUCCCACAUCUGUCUAUGUCUAUCCCUCCCCGUCUCUCUUCUACAUGUCUGUCUCUCUCUCUCGUUCCAUGUCCUCGUCGCUCUAUAUCCUCCUCUCCCUCUCUUCUUUCUCUGUCCCCCUGUCUUCUCCAUCUCCUCCCCCUCUCCCCCUCUCUCUCUCCUCUCCUCCCCCUCUCCCGCUCUCCUCCUGAGCUGUGCAGCAGUAGUGGAGCGUACAGCUGUGACCAGUGUUAACAGGACACAGGGGAUGAGCCAGUGUUUAUCCACAAGAACAAAAGAGCCUCCCGCGACACAAACCACCUCACUGUUUUACAUAAAGGUGGAACUACGCCUCUUUGCUCACAUUAUAUAAUUCAACUUUUAAGAGCUUUCAACCAUUUUACAUAAUUACUUCUCACUCGUCCAUUCAAAGCUGUACAGAUGCAUGCAGGUUUCAGUCAUUUUUAUUCUCCUGCAAUUAAGACGCCAUUGCUUUGAAAAAAACAACAACAAAAAAAACAAAACCGUUAUCACCUACCCCACAUACAUGCCUUCAGCUCUUUACUCAUUUUGAUCUCACUGUUUUGUUUUAUUUUUUCCAGUGAAGGAAGAAGUACUGGAUUAAAGUACCCGUUUAAAAGAAUAUAAAGUAAAAGCAU